AUGGCUGCCGGAACAGCAACCGCAACGGCGACGGCGACAGCGACGACGGGGUCGACAAAGGUCAAGGCGGGCGCCAAGGGUGCUGCCAACGGCGCGGCGAAGCAGAAGUCACAGAUGCACCGGCGAUCAAGGACAGGGUGCUACACAUGCCGCCUACGGAGGAAGAAGUGCGAUGAGGGUUCGCCAAUGUGCACUGCGUGCAAGCACCUCGGGCUGGUGUGCGAGUACAAGAGGCCGAUGUGGUGGAGCAACAACGACGCGAGGCGGAAGCAGAAGGACGACAUCAAGAACAUCAUCAAGCGCAAGAAGUUGACGGAGAAGUCGGCGCAUGGCCACAGCCACGCUCACGCUCAUACCGCAGUUGGCUCUCCCCCAGGCCUCUCACACUCGCUCCCGACAUCCGCGACCUUCACUGAUCUCGACCGCGCGCGCUCGGGAUCGAUCGACUCGCAAUACAGCUUCAACUUCAACAGCAGCCCGCAGAGCUCGCACUCGCAGCUCGAAUACGGGCCCUUCACCCCGCAGAUGCACGCGCAGAUGAACGGUCACCCACACGCGCACCCCGAGUUCUUCUUCUCGCCCUACUCCCCCUACGAGAUCGACGUCAAGACGGAGCGCCAGAUGUUCAUCAACGACGUGCCCACCCUCCGCGAGUCGACCACCUCGACCUUCAGCACCUACGCCAGCGCACCACCACCGCCGGGCACUAUUCUCCCGCAGUUUCUCAGCAACGGCCUCCCGCCGCCUCCGGAAGGCGGCGAGUGGACGGAGCAGGUGUUUUCGGAACGCCGCGAGUCGCUGACGGAGGAGACGCUCAACGUGAACUUUUUCGACUUUGCUCAGGGAGGAGCACCAGGCGCACCAGCAGUGGCCAUUGAGCUGGACGAGGGCGACCAGCGACUCCUGGACCACUUCGUGCAGUACGUGGUACCAACCAUCUUCCCCAUCCUCGAAGCCAACCAGCACGGCUCGGUCAGUUCCGACCUGAUCCUCCCCGCGCUACAAACCAACAAGGGCUACCUCCACUGCUGCCUCAGCAUCGCCGCGCAGCACUACAAGGCCGCCUGCCAAGCCGACGGGCGAGUCUCCUCGGAAAACACCGACGAGCUCGACGGCGACAUCAUGCGCCACCGGUACGCAACCAUCUCCGCGCUCUGCGACGCCCUCAACAAAGACGAAGACCACCAACAAAUCCUCGAAGCCGCGCUCGGUCUCAUCUUCUUCCAAUGCGGCGUCGGCCGCUUCGACGACACCCUGCCCGACAUCGCCUGGCACCAGCACUUCCAAGCCGUCGUCUCCCUGGUCCAAAAACUCGACCUUCCGCGUCUCGUCUCGGACCCCAACUCCCCCCCGCUCACCCAAGCCCCCUUCAACAUGACCCUCGCCGCGUGGAUCGAUAUCCUCGGCGCCACCAUGCAAGGCCGCGCGCCGACUUUCGCACACACCUACCGCGAGAAGCACCUCAGCCUGACCAACCCUUCCCUCGGGCUCCGCGAGCUCAUGGGCUGCGAGGACCGGGUCAUGUAUCUCAUUUCCGAAAUCGCCUGCCUCGAGGCGCUGAAGCGCGAUGGCAUGGAUGACAUCACGCUGUGCCAGCACGUGCACGUCUUGGGAGACCAAAUCGGCCUGACCGAGGCCGCCGAAGCGGAGAACGAAGACCCCUCCGCUACUUCCACUACCUCUCCCUUCACCCCCAAGGGCACCCUCUCCCCCAAACAACUCACCAAAAACAUCACCGCCGCCUUCCGUCUCGCCGCCCGCAUCUACCUCUGCAGCCUGGUCCCCGGGUUCUCCCCCACACAGGCAAGCUGUGUCGGGCUCGUCGACAAACUCGCUGCUGUCCUCCAGCAUAUCCCCUCCGGGCUCGGCGGGUUUGAUCGCUCGCUGGCGUGGGUUUAUCUCGUCGGUGGCUCGGUCAGUUUGCCCGGUUCGGCGUUCCGCGGGUUGUUUGCGGAGAGGUUGGCGUUGUUGGGGGAGCAGGGGAAUUUGGGGAGUUUUGGACGGGUGGCGUGUUUGUUGAGGGAUGGGUGGGCGCAGAAUGAUGGGGUGCUUCAGCAGAGUGAGGGGCAGGAGCAGCAAGGGCAGUUUGUGCAUUGGAGGGAUGUGAUGCAGAUGAAGGGGUGGGAUUACCUUCUCAUCUAG